UUUAUAUUGCAUCGGGAUACCGAUUAGAUAAUGGGAUCCACAUGCCCCGCGCUGUCCUCCAGCUGUUGUCGACCUUUCUUCCCUUCUAUUCCAUCAUCUGAAUUGUCUGAAUUAUUCUAUAGCUUGAAUAUCUUGAUACUUAAUCUCAUAACAUGGCUGCUCCAAGACGACGUCUCCAUGGCAAGAAUGCCAUCAUCACCGGUGCCGCAGGCGGCAUUGGUCUCGAAACCACCAUCCUCUUCGCCCGCGAAGGAGCCAACGUCCUCAUGGCCGAUAUCUCCGUUCCCGCCCUCGAGAAAGCCAUCGCGAAGGUGAAGGAAGUCGUGCCCACCGCCCCCCGUCUCGAGAUCAUCAAAUGCGAUGUAUCCAAGGAGGCAGAUAUCCAGGCUAUGGUGGAAUCCCAGGACAGCUGGGGCGGCACGGAUGUCAUCUUCAACAAUGCGGGUAUCAUGCACGCGGACGAUGCGGAUGCGGUGGAUACACCCGAGAAGAUCUGGGACAUGACGCAGAAUAUUAACGUCAAGGGCGUGUGGUUUGGAUGCAAGCAUGCUGUGCUAAGUAUGCGACGUCACAAGAAGACCAAGGGUAGUAUUAUCAAUACUGCUAGUGUGGUUGCUUUGGUUGGCAGUGCUACGCCGCAAUUGGCAUACACGGCCAGUAAGGGUGCCGUGUUGGCGAUGACUCGGGAGUUGGCUAUUGCGCAUGCUCGUGAGGGACUGCGCUUUAAUGCGUUGUGUCCUGCUCCUUUGAACACCCCCCUUCUUCAAGACUGGCUCGGCGAUGAUCAGCCCAAGCGACACCGUCGCGAGGUGCACUUCCCUACCGGACGAUUCGGCGAAGCAAUCGAACAAGCUCAAGCAGUCGUCUUCCUUGCUAGUGACGAGAGCAGCUUCGUCAACGGAACCGACUUUGUUGUCGACGGAGGAAUGACCAGAGCAUACGUGACACCCGAAGGACCCGCGACCGUCGCACCCCAGAACCAGGGCCAUUAACCACCUAGAUAUAUUGAACGAUACCAUCCAUAGUAUGCUCAUUAAUAGGCAGUCUUGAAUUAAAAUGAAAUAGACAUUUCUAAAUUUCCUACUAUCGGCA